CAUAGAGUCUUGUAAAGGGGUCUUCUAGUUGGACGGGGUGUGACUCCAGCUGGAGAAAACAGAUGUAGUGUGAAAGUUACUUUAAUGCUCUGUGUAAAUGUUGUUGAAGAGCUGCAUACAAGUGUCAGGGAGUUGUGUGUUAGAAAUCCUAGGGUCAUUAUUCUGAAUCUUCGAUAGCAAUGGACCCUCAGGUGCCCAAAGACAAAUAUAAUGGCGUGUGGUUGAUUUUCUUCAUGUUGGGGUUAGGCACUCUUCUGCCAUGGAACUUCUUCAUGACUGCAACCAUGUAUUUCACUAGUCGCCUCGCAGACCCUCAGCCUUUGAAUGAAGGAAACUUCUCGGCCAGUCAGACUGAAGAAGACACACGGAGUGUUUUGCAAGCGAAAUUUAAUAAUGUGAUGACGUUGUGUGCUAUGGUUCCUCUACUGGUGUUCACCUGCCUUAACUCGGUUCUUCACCAAAGAAUUCCUCAGAUCAUCAGAAUCGCGGGCAGUUUGAUGGUGAUUCUGCUGGUAUUUUUGUUGACUGCCAUCCUGGUGAAAGUACAUUUGGAACCGUUGCACUUCUUUGUGAUCACCAUGAUCAAAAUCAUCUGCAUUAACUCAUUUGGAGCUGUCCUGCAGGGAAGUCUCUUUGGAAUGGCUGGACUCCUACCGGCUUCAUAUACAACACCAAUCAUGAGUGGACAAGGGCUUGCAGGAACCUUCGCUGCUUUCUCCAUGAUCUGUGCCAUCGCCAGUGGCUCUGCUUUGCAGGACAGUGCGUUUGGAUACUUCAUCACGGCAUGUGCUGUUAUCACCCUUGCAAUCGCAUCAUAUGUUGCUCUUCCUAAACUGGCAUUCUUUCAGUACUUCCAGGAAAGUAACCAGAACAAACCAUCUGAAGAUGAAGAAAACAAGAUGGAUUUGCUGAAAAAAGAUCAGAGCAAACAGGGUGUCAGUACCGCAGAGGAGGACAAGCAAACACCUUCCUUCUUGGGCAUCUUUAAAAAGAUAUGGGUUAUUGCUCUCUCCGUGUGUUUUGCCUUCACGAUCACUAUUGGCACGUUUCCUGCUGUCACCGCUGAUGUUAAAUCUACGAUUGCUAAAGGUGGAGCUUGGGAAAAGUAUUUCACACCUGUGUCUUGUUUCCUGUUCUUCAAUGUUUUUGACUGGGCGGGCCGCAGUCUCACCGCAGUGUGUAUGUGGCCUGGUAAAGACAGCAAACUGCUCCCCGGUCUGUUAUUGGCCCGUGUGAUAUUUGUCCCUCUGUUUAUGCUGUGUAACGUUCAACCGCGGUACAAUCUGCCCGUCUACUUUACGCACGAUGGCUGGUUCAUUGCAUUCAUGAUACUCUUCGCCUUUUCCAAUGGAUAUCUGGCCAGCCUCUGCAUGUGCUUUGGACCCAAGAAAGUGGAUCCAAGUGAGGCGGAGACAGCUGGAGCGAUCAUGGCCUUCUUCCUGUCCCUCGGGCUUGCUCUCGGAGCAUCUCUCUCGUUUCUGUUCCGUGGGCUCAUCUGAAGUCACUGCGGACACCACACCUAUCCUCCACAUAAACAGACUGUGAAUGAAUUUAUAGAGCAUUACAGCUGUUCUCCUCGGCUGUUUGACUGACAGAUGUUGAGUGUCAAAAUUAAACCCUUAAAUCUGUGUGUCCAUAUACUGCCUUAAGAGUAUUUUAGUUUUUUUUUAAUUAGUAGUACUAUUAUAAUAAUGUUUAAAAAUUCUUGUUUUAGCACCCAUCAACAUUUUUAAAUUGAUUAUACAUAAGUAUUACAGCUGCAUUAAAAAUAUUUUUGAAUCGAGGCAUACUUAAAACAUGACUUACAUUGUAAUACAUGCAAAUACGAUAAUGCAUUAUGUUUACGAUAAUGCUUUUGUUUAGUUUUUUCUUUAUAGAAGUUUAUGUAAAGAAAAUGUCAUGCCAUGUGAUAUUUCAGUUUUUUCUUUUUAAUAAAUUUAUCAAAAAUC